AUGCACGACACGCGAGGGGACUCAACGGCCGGAUUGCAUGCGACAAUUGCCUCGCCCCUACCCUCAGCGAGCCGAGAAAUAACGAGACUUUUUGUCAGGCUUUCCAAACAGACACGGGGACAGCGCUCAAACUUAGUUGGCUGUUUUUGCUUUCCCUUCCUCGGCCGUUUUUGCACACACGCGCACACACGAGUAGAACUGCACACCAACGGUCAUUGCUCUCUUGUCGCCCUACUGUAUGGGUCAGAUCUCUCCAAUUCGGUUGAGCCCCUGUCGUCGUGUGAUCCGAGCUCUGGGAGACAUAUUGCUCACAAUUAUACAACCUGA